CCGUGGUCGUCUAUUUUGUUCUCAGUUUUUUUGUGGUUAAACGUCUGGUUAAGAAGCAAUUUUUAAUUAUAAUAUCAAGGAUCAAACUUAAAUUUGCGAACACCUAACGAGUUAUACCGUUUAGUUUUGUUUCUGCGACUUGCUUAAAAGUUUUGCGCGUUAGUUCAGUUUGACAACGAGAAAAAUGGCGCACUGCUUUUGCUGGUUGUCUCAACGACGAAUGAGAUUAAGCGGAAGAUAGGAUUGCCAAUGGAAAGAGGGGAGAAAUGUUUGUUAUUCUUAUUAUUCUGGCGUUGAAUGAACAAAAAAUUAGUCCGAUCUACUGGGAAAAGAAUGAACGACAAGGCAGGCGUGCUUCGGUCAGCCUGCCUGUCAGAGCAGAUGAUUUUGCUGUCAUUGGGCUCUUACUGUAUAGGUUGAUUGGCGGAGUGGAUGUCAAAGAAGGUAGCCUGAACACUCAGGAAAUCUUUCAAGAUCAAAAUUUACAUUCGAAGGACUUUGCCACAAGAUUCCUGCAAGAUGGAAUACAGUCUUCAACUUGACUGAGGCCGAGAACCGCUCGAACAUAAUAAGAAAUCGGGGAAGCCAUAUAGUUCAUUCACUGGCCGUCCAACAAGAUGACUACUAAGAGAGUCUGAUUACAAUUCGCCUGGAUAGGAUGCAAGCUAGUUUGCAGCAGAUUACCGCCAGCAAGUAUUUUUCCUAAAUUUAUACCUAUAUACCCACACUUGUAUUGAUACAUUCUUGGGUGCCGAGCUGAGAGGCACUGUGAGAGCCGAUGAAGUAUUUUUAGGGCGAUCCGAUCCUGUACAUGUGCCAGAAAGAGGGCCGAUUGAAAAUCUCAGUUUAGAAAUUUAAAAGGUGUUGUACGCAGACUUUUCCAGGUUCUUUUUGCAUGCUUUUCUGUUGUUAGAACUCAAUAUCCUUAUCGGCAAGAUCUAUAGUGCAUUGGUUAUAUUGUGGCUCAAGAUUUAUAGUUUCUUGAGUGAUCGAGUCAAUUAAUUUUUGAGACAGCCAUUUUCACCAGUACCAUCUUUGCUUCCUUAUUCUGACACCAGAAAGUCUACAAAUCGAAUCCAUUUUUCAGUUAACAAGCCAUUAUGCCUAUAUUUUACAUUGUUUGUACCAUAAUGCUAGGAAUCGAUCUAUAAACGACACAGGCAGUCAAAAUUAUAAUUUUGAACACGCUUGAUUGAAAAUAAAACCGAAUGAAAUCAAACGAAACCUAGUGCCGCAUCAAUAAGAAAGUCGGAAAGGGCGAAAUACCCAAUAUACCGGUAACCAGAAAAAUGUUCCAACUAUUACAGGUCACGUUUUCGUCCGGCGAAGAAAGUUAAAAGAGCAAUAUACAGCUUAAGUAUGGAUGUCCACGACCAACUCCACAAUAUAAUGGAAUAAAAUAAUUUAACUUUUGUAGCUUACUCGCCAGUAUGUACAUAUGGGUUAUUGACCAAGCGUGAGGUCAAGAUGGCUGGAUAUUGGCCAGGUCUUCUUUUGCGUGUUUAUGGACCGACUGUAAUCGAGGUCCAUAAGCACCCAAAAACAGAACGAGGCCAAUAUCCCGCCAUCUUGACCGCACGCUAGGUCAAUAAAGGAUUUAUUGUAUGGGAUGAGGAACAAAUUUCUCUCGAGGGACACGGGCAAGAUAGCGCCGUCUUGCCCGCUUGGGUAGCCAAUCACAGCGCGGGACUUGAUGCUAGUUACACUUACUUCCACCAACAGACAGGAGGGGUCGCGGGCGGAAUCAUUUCCAACAUGUUGUACUUGAAAUAAAAAGAUAGCACAGUUGAUGCAAGUCUGAAAGGAACUUAUUUCUAAGGACAAGAAAAUCAAUAAGAAAAAAUACCCCCACUUGAGCACAGAGAGUGGACAACUGCUAAGUGUUUCGAAUCCCAUACUAGUGGCUGUGAUAUAAAAUACAUAACGUGACCGCUACACUCCACAAUGCAGGGUUCUCUUUUGGUUUUGAUACUCGUAGUAGUGACCAUACUCCAUGUGAAAUGUAACCCUAACAAACUAGGGAAAUGGUAAUACCAAAGCUGGAAAGUUUAUUCUGAAGUCAAUGUAGGUUCCGUGUUGAUUACUGUUUAGAUCCUUCCAGACGCCUGCCUGCCUAGGAUUUUCUUUUUACCAGCUUUGCUGAAAUGACGUCAGAUGAGAAACAACAGCAGGCAUUAUCUGGUGUAUUUGUAAAGCCCGGUAUGAUCACGAUGAUUACUACUAGCUAUUGAACGUUUUCACUCAAGGCCAGCAGCCGUACAAGUUCAUUGGAACAAAAGAAAGUGUUUGGGUAAGAAACGAGUUCAACACUCACAGGAUUUUCUUGGGACGCCCGGGGGGACACCAACAUGACCGCCUAUUACGAGUAUCGUUGUAGAGCAGGGUUGUUCCCAGACAGAACUCAGGAUCGCCGGUAACAGCAACAAACUAAUUUAUUUCCGUAAGGUAACUUCACGAAUUUACAGCACUAAGCUUCUUCAAAUUUGAAUCAAGCUCUUUUACAGCAGAACCUCUCGCUCUAAUAUACAUGAGGCUUAAAGUUCUAGAAACUUCUACUUGGAACUAAAUUAAGUAGUUUGACACAAUUUCUAAUCUGAGUAAUUACAUAAGGAUCAGAAUGUUCUGGAAUGUUCUUACAGAAAUUGGUCACGGCUUAAUGACUUCCGGUUCUAGAUUGUUCUAGAAAUUGACUGAGACAAUUUUUCGUAACACCGCCGGUUCGUUGUUUUGUGUCAUCAAUAUGGCUUCUGUGAUGAUUUAGCGCAUAUAGCUGGGGUGUUCUGGGAUGAAUAGCAAUCUGCUUGUGCCCUGCUUGUGCGCCCCUAAAACACGUGGUACCAUGAUGUCCGAAUGAAAUAUUGAUAGCAACCGGCAUGUGCUUUGCAUCAGGCUUAAUCUGAAAUCUUCAAUCCUUUGGAUAAGAUUUACAUCUAACCAGAGCUGACAGCUCCAGAUAGCAAUCGUGAUCAGCUGCCUGCAGACACAAAACUUUAAAAAAAUAACCCUCAUUAUUAUAAACCUUUCGUGCCAGGCAAUACCACUGAACCAUCCUUGUAGUCCAUUCUGAUAAGACAUCUAUUGCUUAUGAUCUGUCCCUGGCCACAGGUGUUUCCCGUUGUACUUGUAUGACCGGAAAAAAGCGGGAAGCCACUGUAUGACAAUAUCAAGCCUCAAAGGCCUCCGGCAACGUUAAAUGUUUUAGUAAUUUGGGUAUCACGCUGACGGCGCAAACAGCCUUAUUGUUACUAGUACUUAGCUGAAGUGCCCAGAGCAAUAAGCGAAAAAGUAAAUCUCUGUUCGCGUCAAACUCACCGACGCAAAAACCUUGUUUGAGUCAUAAUGACGUAAUGAAGAUCGUGAUGACGUACAAAAAGUCACGAGGCGAGAAGAUAAUUUACGAUGGUACGCGGAAAGGACCCAUUCAUCCCAGUAAAGAAAUUACAAUUGUAAAUUUAUAAAUUUGACGCAGGAACUCACGGCGAAUUAUCUAUGCUGUUAAAUAUUUACACUGCUUAUUUUUGCCCUGACCAGAGUUUCCGGUUCUAUCAACUCCAGCGAAGAAACUUCUACCAUAAACUGAGUACAACGUCGCCUCUUUUCGUUCAACGAUUGUACUUUUUUUUUACUAUAUCGAAAACGCUAACAUACACGAGGUUCUACUGAUUUCCAGACGUUUCGAAACUCCUGAUUGACAUAAGGCUAACAACUUCGUUCACGACGCAUACUAUUUUAAGCCGUUUUAAGAAAGACAAUGAUGUCUUCUGAAUAUGGAACAAUUUCCCGUCCUUUUUUGGGGUUACGACAAGUUAAACAAAAAAAAUAGCUCGCAUAGGAAACAUUCCCGGCCAAGAUUUGAACAAUGACGAGCAUGUAAACAAACACGAGACCGCCUUUGAACGGCGCGGAACUUACUCAAAUCAUGGAUUUUGUGGUUGAUGGGGGCAUUUCACGGACAGAAUGUAUUGUCUUUAUGAGUCUUAUUGUCGAAUUACCGUUUUAUGCAAAGGAAGUCAAUGGUAUGAAUAAUGCUUACAAUGUACUAAAACGCUUCGAGUGGAAACAGAGAGCAGAAUAUACUAGCAUGUGGCUUUUAUGAGAACGUUGAUUUUUUUGGUGUUUUAGCCGGUGAGGAACCUUCAAGAACUAUCGCCAUCAAUAUUAAUCAUCUACGACUGAUGUGAAAGUAACACGCUUAAUGCUAUGUCUACACCCGAAGGGGUUUGCCAAAAUCGAAUUCCGCCGAAAUUUUUCCUUAAGGUUGGGAGAUAAAUUGGUGACUUGGUGACUUCUAAACAGCUUCGAACUGAACAACGAAGUGCAUAAUUGUCAUAGAGUAGCCUGGUGGAUUGGAAAUCAACCGCUAACUGAGUUGGCAUCCAUGGCGUCCGCCUUCAUCAUAGGAGAGGCUAUGAAAUUACAAAAGUAACUACAAGAUAUCGAGAUUUGACUCUAUUUAGCCGUUCAUUUUUAAUCGUCUCGAAGAUGUUGGCGCUCUUUCGAAACCGUUGAGUAGUUUUGUGUCGUCGUUUAGCCGGCCAAUUAAGGUAUUAAAUAUUCAAAGCAACCAAUUAUAAGGAAAAUGAUUCACGGCAUGUUUCAAGAACUCGGCGAUAUUCUCUCUUUUCGUAAUUAAGCCGUCUGUCAGAAGUUAAGAAGAUCUAAGAAUAGAGAAAAUUUGUUUUGAUAGUUAGUCAGGUGUUCCAGUAAAAGAUUUCACAUCCGGUUGACGGCUGACGGAAAACUAUCAACUCGAGAGAUAUAUUAGAACUUACGUUCGCCUCCACUGAAACCGGGGCUAAUAUUAACCACGCUGUGACGCAGUUUCAAGCAAUACUUCCUUACAGCACGUCGACCUUGAUACCUGAAAACAGUUCCACGCUAUUUCAGUUUCCACUGGGGAAAAAUUUAGAAAAAAUAGUCUUGUUUUUCUCACGAUCGUUCCAAAUUCUAGUGAAACAAGUAUAAGUUAAUCAACUCGUGUGCCAAACCAAGCCCAAGGGAGAGGGGAUGGUGGACUAAUCGCAAUCCCGACGGCUAAUGGUUAUAUUUGUUUAACUUCUUCAACGAUCUGCUAACUCGUGAAUUCUCUGAACGCUAAAAUAAUAUAAGCGCGUUUCUAAGGGUCUUCUUACGUUAUUUUUUUUUAUUUUAAGAAAUUUUAUUUUCCCGUCAAAAGAAUCCCUCAGGAAGCACGCUCGCGUAGCAGCGUAACACAGCCGGCCAUCUAAAAUGUGCCUGCGACAACUGGGGUAUUGGAGACGACAACAAAACAACAGCAAAGGAUCGAAGACUGUAUAGUCAAACCCCGAAUAUCUUUUUACAGUUUUUAAGUUCGUUUUUCCCUGUUUUGUAGGAAUAUUUCUGGUCAUACAGUCAGCGAACCGGUUGAUUUAGCCACGGGGACUUAGCCCACUCCGUCACAUGACAAGUAUUGCGUCAGUUUUCCCGCGCCACGCUCGUGAGCAUGCGUUCAAUUUGUCAACAAAACAUUGAGUUUUUCAUUCAUUCAUCAGUUUUACCGGUAUUCAUUCCAAAGUCCAACGUGGUUGGCUUGACUUAAAACGAAUUCAACAGUGCAAACCCUUUUUUCUAGUAUCUACCUAGGCGUAAAUUUGAGAAGGAGUACAUACGGUCUUUUUCCCGUUAUUGUGAAGCGAAAAGUAAAAUGCUUCCUCUGACCAAGGCGGUAUGUUGGUGCGUGGCAGCUUGCCUUGUGUGUCUCACAACUACGAACGCAGACUCUGAACGUCCUUACCGUUGUGCUGACAAUCAGUUUUCCUGUACUAAUGAAAAGUGCAUUGUUGCUCGUUGGAAAUGUGAUGGAGAAGAUGACUGUGGGGAUAAUUCUGAUGAAGAUGGAUGUCCUCCCCCAACCUGUCGUCACGAUCAAUUUCAGUGUGCAAAUGGACGGUGCAUCUCAAUGCUGUGGAAGUGUGAUAGAGAUGAUGACUGCUCUGAUGGAUCAGAUGAGCUUAACUGUGGUAUAUAUCUACCUAGGCGUAAAUUUGAGAAGGAGUACAUACGGUCUUUUUCCCGUUAUUGUGAAGCGAAAAGUAAAAUGCUUCCUCUGACCAAGGCGGUAUGUUGGUGCGUGGCAGCUUGCCUUGUGUGUCUCACAACUACGAACGCAGACUCUGAACGUCCUUACCGUUGUGCUGACAAUCAGUUUUCCUGUACUAAUGAAAAGUGCAUUGUUGCUCGUUGGAAAUGUGAUGGAGAAGAUGACUGUGGGGACAAUUCUGAUGAAGAUGGAUGUCCUCCCCCAACCUGUCGUCACGAUCAAUUUCAGUGUGCAAAUGGACGGUGCAUCUCAAUGCUGUGGAAGUGUGAUAGAGAUGAUGACUGCUCUGAUGGAUCAGAUGAGCUUAACUGUGAUCAAAACAUAACAUGUGGACCCAAAGAACUUAAAUGUGACAAUGGCAAAUGCAUCUCAGCCCAAUGGAAAUGUGAUGGACAGAAUGACUGUGGGGAUAAUUCAGAUGAGGCUCAGUGUGCUGAAGCCGGUGGAGAGCAGGCAACGUGUUCUUCUAAUGACUUUUCAUGUUCCAAUGGCCAUUGUGUGUCUCAGUCUUGGUUAUGUGAUGGAGAUAAUGACUGUGGAGAUAACUCUGAUGAAGAUCCCCAGCAGUGCACUUCCAAAACUUGCAGUUCAAACCAGUUUACUUGUGGAAAUCAGCAGUGUAUUCCAAGGCGCUGGAGAUGUGAUGGAGAUGAAGACUGUCCUGAUAGGUCAGAUGAAGCUGGUUGUGUAAAUGUAACAUCUCGUCCAUCCACUUGCUCGGCAAAAAUGUUUCACUGUGCUGAGGGACACUGCAUUCAAGGCCAGUGGCGGUGUGAUGGAGAAGAUGAUUGUCCUGAUGGAUCUGAUGAGCAAGGAUGCCCUGUUGGAAACUGCACCAGUGACCAGUUUUCUUGUCAUGGUGGAGGUUGUAUACUAAGCUCUAAAAAAUGUGACGGGACAUCAGACUGUGAGGAUGGCUCAGAUGAGUCAAAUUGUGUUACAUGUACAGAGGAAGAAUUCAAGUGUGGAAGCACACAAUUAUGCAUUGAAAAAACCAAACUCUGCAAUGGAAGAAAAGACUGCCCCAAUGGAGAGGAUGAAGAGCAGAAUUGCGAUAUUAAUGAAUGUAUGGACCAUAAUGGCCACUGCCAACAUACUUGUACUGAUUUAACAUUUGGCUAUAAAUGCUCUUGCCAUACUGGCUUCACCUUGGCUGAAAACAAGAGAACAUGUGAUGAUAUCAAUGAGUGUGAUGUGUAUGGACAGUGCACUCAACAGUGUACCAACACAAAAGGAAGCUACAAGUGUACUUGUAAACCAGGUUAUGGUUUUGAGCCUGAUAAAAAGACGUGCAGAGCUUUAGAGCAUACACCAUACCUGCUGUUUUCAACACAACACAGCAUUCGCAAGCUUCCCUUGGAUGCUAGCUCCAACGAGUACACUGAUGUUGUCGUUGAUCAGAAAGGUAUUGUUGGUCUUGACUAUGACUACUACAACAACUAUGUGUACUGGACAGAUGUGAGAGAAGAGAAGAUUUGCCGUGCUCACAUUCCAAGCCCAGGAUCAGAUGCAGUUCACUGCGACCAGAUUGUGUCCCAUGUUCACACCCCUGAUGGCAUUGCUAUUGACUGGGUCGGCAAAAAAAUGUACUGGACGGAUGGAGGCUACAACAUGAUUGAAGUGGCCGAACUUGAUGGUUCUAACAGACUCACCCUUUUCAGCUCUGGAUUAGAUGAACCCAGAGCCAUUGUCGUGGAUCCCUCCUCACCAAUUUCUGUUAAUUUUUCACUCCCAAUGUCAGCUUCCAAAACUUGCAGUUCAAACCAGUUUACUUGUGGAAAUCAGCAGUGUAUUCCAAGGCGCUGGAGAUGUGAUGGAGAUGAAGACUGUCCUGAUAGGUCAGAUGAAGCUGGUUGUGUAAAUGUAACAUCUCGUCCAUCCACUUGCUCGGCAAAAAUGUUUCACUGUGCUGAGGGACACUGCAUUCAAGGCCAGUGGCGGUGUGAUGGAGAAGAUGAUUGUCCUGAUGGAUCUGAUGAGCAAGGAUGCCCUGUUGGAAACUGCACCAGUGACCAGUUUUCUUGUCAUGGUGGAGGUUGUAUACUAAGCUCUAAAAAAUGUGACGGGACAUCAGACUGUGAGGAUGGCUCAGAUGAGUCAAAUUGUGUUACAUGUACAGAGGAAGAAUUCAAGUGUGGAAGCACACAAUUAUGCAUUGAAAAAACCAAACUCUGCAAUGGAAGAAAAGACUGCCCCAAUGGAGAGGAUGAAGAGCAGAAUUGCGAUAUUAAUGAAUGUAUGGACCAUAAUGGCCACUGCCAACAUACUUGUACUGAUUUAACAUUUGGCUAUAAAUGCUCUUGCCAUACUGGCUUCACCUUGGCUGAAAACAAGAGAACAUGUGAUGAUAUCAAUGAGUGUGAUGUGUAUGGACAGUGCACUCAACAGUGUACCAACACAAAAGGAAGCUACAAGUGUACUUGUAAACCAGGUUAUGGUUUGGAGCCUGAUAAAAAGACGUGCAGAGCUUUAGAGCAUACACCAUACCUGCUGUUUUCAACACAACACAGCAUUCGCAAGCUUCCCUUGGAUGCUAGCUCCAACGAGUACACUGACGUUGUCGUUGAUCAGAAAGGUAUUGUUGGUCUUGACUAUGACUACUACAACAACUAUGUGUACUGGACAGAUGUGAGAGAAGAGAAGAUUUGCCGUGCUCACAUUCCAAGCCCAGGAUCAGAUGCAGUUCACUGCGACCAGAUUGUGUCCCGUGUUCACACCCCUGAUGGCAUUGCUAUUGACUGGGUCGGCAAAAAAAUGUACUGGACAGAUGGAGGCUACAACAUGAUUGAAGUGGCCGAACUUGAUGGUUCUAACAGACUCACCCUUUUCAGCUCUGGAUUAGAUGAACCCAGAGCCAUUGUCGUGGAUCCCUUGUAUGGGAACCUGUUUUGGACUGACUGGGGGGAUCACCCAAGGAUCGAAAAGGCAGGCAUGGAUGGUGACCCUGCUACAAGACAAGUGAUUGUCUCUGAUCAGAUUGGCUGGGCAAAUGGCAUGGCAAUUGAUUACACCCUGAAAAGACUAUAUUGGGCUGAUGCUAAGUUAAAGAAGAUAGAGUCAUGCAAGUACAAUGGUUUAGACCGUCGUGUCAUUGCCAGAAUCGCUCCACAUCACCCAUUUGGACUGGGUGUGUUUGAGAACCACUUGUACUACACAGAUUGGUUCAAGUUUGGCAAGGGAAUCAAAAAGCUAAACAAAUUCACUGGCGGUGAAAAACAGAACAUCAAGCCCACCCUGUGGUCCCAUAUGGACAUCCACGUGUAUCAUCCUCUUCGUCAGCCAAAUGCCACCAACCCAUGUGAAGUGAACAAUGGUGGAUGCAGCCACUUGUGCCUAUUGGCCAAUAUUGAGAUCAAGUCUCAUACGUGCCGCUGCCCUAAUGGCAUGAACACAACUGACAAUGGCAUAACAUGUACUGGAACUCCUGUCACAGUCCAACCAACCCCCAGGACAAAAUCAUCUGAAUCUAAAACAACAACACUGGCAUCAACUGCAGUAACAGCUCAGGUGUCUAAAUCCACAGCAAAAACCACUCAAGGUACUACUAGGUCCAAUGUACCUGUGUCCAAGCCUUCAAAAAAACCAUCCAAUGCAACUCCAAACUCUACCACAUCCAACAUACCAGUCUCCAAACCUUCUAGUGCACCAACUGCAACAAAGAGUACUAGGACUUAUAACACAACUGAAGGAAUUGUGGAAUUUAGAAAAGCUGAUGAAUCAGAGACGAGUGCUCUUUCUGCAGGAGUGAUAGCUGGUAUUAUUAUUGUUGUACUCCUGGUUAUCAUCCUUGUGGUUGUUGCCACUUGGUAUGUACGCAGCCGGUCUCGUUUCUACGGAGGAACUAGUAUCAGCUACUACAAAGAUAUGACUACCAAACCUCUAGAGGAAGACUUUGAUGAUGACGAGACCACUAAAGUCUUUGAUGACAGAGGAUCUCGUGAAAAGGUUGAAUUUGCUUAAAACAUGGUUAAGGUGAUAAUGGUCUUGUUAUUGGUCAGGGCUCAAAAUAAUGGCCGGUCAACCGACAAUGUGAAGCCAGAAUGGUGACUUGACCAGCCUAAAACUUCACUUGCCAGUCAUGCUGACCAGUCAUGUCAUGUUGAGAUGGUCACGAUGUUCAUUCUUGAAUAAACAAUUAAAUCUUCAACUGUAAAUCAUAGAUUUAAAUCUCUUUUUUAUUAUGACCUCUCACAUGAAAACAUACACCAACGGGUAUUUGUUCGAACGGCUGAAAAUCGUUUGUUUGCUGUUUGUCAUGCAUUCAAAAUCGAUAGGAAUGCCGUUCAAAUUACUGGGGUUAUCCAGUCAGACAAAGUAUUCAUCCAUUCAAACAACUUCUGGUAUCCGUUCGAAAAAAGUUUUUAUCUGUUAGGACAGCAGAGGUUUUCAAUUCAGAAUUCAAAACAAUUCAACCUUUCGAACAGCAGAGGUUUCCCAUACAGCAAAGGGAAUCCGAUCAGAGUCAGCUCAGUUUUUGUGACCCUUUAGACUUGUCAAAAAGCACCUCUCUUUGUUGGCGUAUAGUUCGAAGGUAUUGCUCUUCAGUUGUCACUUUCACUGCACAAAAAUUGACGAACAAGUUGCCAAAACAAAACUUUUCACUCGAUUGUCAAGUUAUUUCCAGCUUAGACACUAUGGGACUCUGAGACAUCAAAACAUGUCUGCUUCGUUUCCAUCAACCUGUAAAUGUAACAUUGAGCACAAACCCAGUAUCUUAUUUAGAACUUUACAGUUACAAAAUGGACGAAAAUAAUUAUGUACCAACAAAAAACCCGAAGGCCUUUUCAGUAUCUGUAUCAGUAAAGUUAUUUUAUUCACGAAUUAUAUUUGAGACACUCUCAAGUCAUUGUUUAGCAUGUGACCAAAAUCUACCCACUUUCAGUGGUAAAAUCUACUGAAUGAUAGUGAUCAUUAGUUCUUUGUGAACAAAACGUCUCUAGAAUAUGACUACAACAGAGUUUAGAUUUUUAUGUCUUACACUUAAGUUCUUUUAUUGUAGUCACAUCAUUAAGAAGCUUCCCAACACCUGUAUAACUGUAGCUGUAUUCAUAGUAACACAAUGAUUUGUUGUGCGUUUGCACGAGUGAGAAUUGAGGAAACAUAAACUUCUUCUUCAGCUGUAUUAGUUUACCAAGUUAUUUCUGAAGCCCAAAAUUAGGAUCUGAUGCAUGUUUGGAUUCAUUUCCGUUUUGAUGGACAUCGUAAAGACUUUGUAGAACAUCAAAAAACAGCUCAUGGAAUUCAAUAUACCGAUCGAAAAUUCGAAGUUUCAUCAAAUGUGCAUUUGUUCAAUACUUUUUCUUCGGCAGGUGGCAACAAUCCACUGGCACCGUGCCACUUCAUUGAGCUGCUGAGCCCUGCCAUGGCUAUCUUUGGUUAAGUUUUAAGCUGUUCUUUUGUAUUAAGCCAAUCUUUAAAUGGUCUAGCAAUGACUGGAACAAACAAAUUAUAUUUGUGGGUUUAAUUAGGCUAAUAUUAAUUUUUUAAAAAAUAUCUUGACCGGUCAGAAACAAGAUGUGACUGAGCUAAAAUUCACAGUCUGAAAAUUAUUUUGAGCCCUGUUGGUAUAAUUUAUUUGUAAUUUAUUCAGUAUCCACUUCCAAUUUUUGUUGAGCUUUCUUUCUUUUUGUGUAUGAGGUCUUGACAUCUAAGUCAAGUGUCUUAGUGUGAUUGCACCAUCCAAGACUCCUUUUCUCUUGGUAUAAGAUAUAGUAAAUGAAAAAGAAAAAAACAACACAAAGACAAAACCAAAAAUAUUUAAAAGAAGGACAGUUGUCUUUCUAACUGUGAUGUCACUAAUAGUGAUUAAAAUAUUAUAUUUAAACAAUCUAAAUUUAACUUAUAUUCCAAAAGAUCUUUCUUGGAAUUGGAAGUUUGUCAUUAUAUUUUCUUUUUGUAAUUGUUAUAUAUAUUGUUAAGUAGGAGAGUCGUGUUAAUGUAUUGAUCAAAAAAGAAAGUUAAGUUAACACUAAUUCCAUAGAGUACCACUAAAGUGAGUUCAUAUCUUGAAUAGCUUGUCGCAAGUAUAGUAAUAUCCAAGAUGUAUGUUGAGAGAUUUAUUCAUUAUUUUAAUUAUUUUUUUGAGAACUUUGCUGAAGUGACAUGCUAAUUAAGGCAGUCAAUUGUGAUUUAUUACUUAAGCAUUGAACAGCAGAUUGGGGGACAAUAAGUAUUGUCCAUCUCAAGCUGCGCUGAUCCAGUGGAGAGGAGAUUAUGUUAUGAACAUAUUUUCCCACGUUUUUGCAGCAGGGGUUCAAUGAGGUAAAAAUCCUUUUUUGCUCCCUAGCUUUAGCCUUCUCAUUAGUGAGAGGGAAUUUUAUCGGUUUUGCCCCAUAGUGAGUUCACCCCCACUAGGUUGGCCCCCAUCUAAACUCGCUAUAAAUUUUCUUUUCAAACUCAAUCUGGUUAGGAGCAAACUUGAUCUGGUUGGGGGCGAACUCUAUCUGGUUGGCGAACUCUAUCUCUAUCUCUAUCUCGAAGAUAUUAGCUCAAUAGAGCUACUCUGAUAAUUCGAGUUGAAAUAAAGUGUAUGCAUGUAUGUAUGUAUGUGGGGGUGAACUCACUAUGGGGAAAAACCGGCAGCUACCGUGAGAGGUAUAAAUUAGUACUAGUCAAAUGCAUACAUGGAGCCAAGUUGUGGACGACUGUUCAAUGGAGUCCACAACUGGGUUUCAGAGCAUUGACAUAUCGGAUGUGACACAUGAAAUUUCAUAUCAGUAAUAUGGAUAUAUAUAUUACGGAAAUGUCGAAAUGUAAAUAUUAUGUACAUUUUCAAGCUUUAAAAUUGUUAUUGUUAACCCAAAAGAGUAAGCCAGCUAGACUGGUAUUAUAGAAAAAAAUUUAACUACGAUACUUGAAAAUUGUAUACAUCUUCUUAUGUCAGAGUUCAGUUUGUUCCCGAAAGUUGCAAAGAUGGGCGAAUGCUGGGUUUAAUAUCGCUUAUUAUAAUUUGUUUGAUAGUUUUUGUGAAAGAUACCAGAGCUGGCUUCGGUGUCAAUAAUAUUUUUCUACCUUUCUUGUGUAAUUCAAUAAUUAAGCAAAGUGUUGUGCAGGACGCGACAUUUAAUGCGUAAAUUGCUGAGCAUUUUUGUUGCAAAUCUAAAGGAAAACAGUCGUAUCCCCCAUACGGGGGCAUCUUUUUCUGGUCCUCCCACAUUAGGCGUCAAAUGUAUCAUUUGUAGCUAGCACCAUGAAAAAGUGCCCCUUUACGAGACGGGUCAUAAAACAAGGGAGUGUAUCUAAGUAUAUAAAAGAAAUUGUAAUCUACCGAAAAAGGGUCUAAAAUAACUAAGCGCCAGUGCAUGGUAAGAAUUUGUCCAAGUUUGUUUCUUUUGUUUUGGCAAGGGAAAACUCGAUGAGAAGAUGUGUGCAAAAUAAUUUCUUUUGAAUCGUUUGUAAUUGUUGAUGUUAACUUUACAUUGAAAAGAGGUAAACUCAAAAGUACAGCAUAUCAAUUAUUUAUCGUUUUGUAAUCAACUAUAUUGUUUUCGUAAAACUCCCGAUAAAUAAUGCCUUAUUUCAGUAUUUCUAACUCUUUCGUUGGUCAGUUUCACUUUAUCGGGGGGUGUAGACCUGUUGUCUGGUGUCAUCGUAGCGGAUGAAAACAAAAUACUCUGUAGUAGUGCUCCAGAGUAUCCUAGUACAAUACAGCUAGUAAACAAGCGAGUCGAUAAUUAUUGUUACUUUACACGGCAGUUCUGCAAUGAUAGUGUUAAAUAAAGCGAAGGCAAGGUAUAAUUCCGUAUAGCCAAUCACGGCGAAGAACGCAAAGAGCCAAUCAGAUGUCCAUGAAAAACAUCCACCGGAGCCGAGCGCGGGAAAAGCAAAACUAGUUUUGGCUUUGUCCGCUAAUGGUCUAACAGAAUCACCCGUGCUGUGAUUGAUUGGCUUGAACGGAUUACACCACCUUUUUAAAAGCAGUUUUCAGGAGUUGAGCAGUAGCCCUAAUACCUUCUGCCUUUAAAGUCUUGAUUGAAAUAAGGUAAUGGUAUAUAACGAUGUUUCACAGUGAAACAAAAGAGUAUCGUUAGUCGUGAAGUUGACGCAUGUAAUGUUGAUUCACACUGACCGAAUCAUUUUAUUAUCGUUGAGUCACUGUAAAUCAUUCUUUAUGUUCUCACUAUGUUUUGCUUCUGUUAUCGUAAAUUUCGCCCUUUUCAAGUUUACAUGGGAUGAUUUUACUUAACCCGCGAAGGAGUUACGGGAGAAAUACACAGUCACGAUUUCUAUUUUGCUGUUCGUUUGGAUCUAAAUAGACGCGAACUCUGUUGUUUCACGGGUUAAGUAGUAUCGCUCGAAAUAGUUGAGCCUAAAUGUAUAGAUAAAGUAGUCUGUAAUGAUGGAAAGUAUAUAAUAAUCUGCUUUGUAUAUUUGCAAAAAUAAACGUAAACAUCUAUUGAAUGUUGAAA